AUGAUCCCUAUCUGUAUUAUUGCUGCCAUCUCUUUACCGGCAUUCGCGUUUUUAUAUACUCUGCUUCUCCUGCCUUCUUUACUGACGGCCACUGCCCUGGCUCAACAACAACUCAACAAUACUAACUCCGGAAAUAACGGUACCAAUACUACAUUCAACGUCCCGCUUCGUCUAUCCUGCCCUCCUUUGCUUCCACGUACCAAACCAGCCACUACCGUAUGGGAUCUGCGUCCGGACGAUAUCAAAGUAGUCGCAGGUUUGGGCGACAGUGUCAUGGCGGCUUUUGGUGCCAAAGGAAUUCAGGACAAUCGAUUCAUCAAUAUCGACACGAUUAAAGAGAAUCGUGGUGUAUCGUUUGCGAUGGGCGGAGAUCCAGGAGAAGUGACGUUACCGAACAUCAUCAACUACUAUUCGGCGGAUUUAUAUGGCGCCUCGGUAGGCGAUCAAUUGUUUACUGUCUGUUUUGGGGAUCAGUUUUGUCCGCCAGGCCAGUACAAAGAAUCCGUAGAUAUUUUGAAUGCGGCGCAAUCCGGAGCACGAAGCUUGAAUCUGGAUCACGAACUGGAUUAUUUAUUAAAAAGAUUAGACGAGGCUUACGACGAUAACAGGAUAAAGAAAUCCGAUUGGAAACUUCUCACUUUGUUUAUUGGAUCCAACGAUGUAUGUCACGCCUGCGUGGUACCUUCUUCGCUACCCCAGAGUUACGCAGUCAAUGUGCUUGCCGCUGUGGAACGGAUUCGUCUCAAUAUUCCCAAUGUCCUUGUUCAAAUUGUCGGGAUUUUACAUGUGGAGGAGAUCUUUAUUGCUACGCAAGCCUAUCCGCAGUAUUGCCAGCCAUUUGAGCGGAGUAGUUUUGUGCUUCACAACUAUGAAUGUGGAUGCGCUCACUCGGAGACGAACCGGACGAUUAUGAAGAAUUUGGUUCCGGCAUAUAAUGCAGCAUUGCAAGGCGUGGCUGCUUAUUACAAGGAUACGCGAACGGAAAACGAUACAUUUGCGGUGAUUUACCAGCCAUUACCCGCGGACAUUAGCACGUUUCCCAUUCAAGCAAUAAGGUAG